UUCACACCUUCUGCGAUGACAUUUCAGAUUCGCAGACGACUACAAGAUCUCAGAAGCUUUGCUUGAUCGAAGCGACAGGUGAAAGACAACUAUCAAAGGAGGGACCGAUAUAAGUGGAUUUUCCCACAAUUUCAUAAAAGAAGCGAAACACUUUUCACCACUGUGCCAUGGAGUUUCCAGACCUCGGGGAGCACUGCUCAGAAAAGUCCUGCAAACGUCUUGAUUUUCUUCCUAUGAGAUGUGAUGCCUGUGAAGAAAUUUUCUGCAAAGACCACAUAACUUAUGCAAAUCACAAGUGCACUUCAUCUUAUAAGAAGGAUGUCCAGGUUCCUGUAUGUCCAUUGUGCAACACCCCCAUUCCCAUUAAAAGAGGGGAAAUGCCAGAUAUCAAAGUUGGGGAACACAUAGACCGAGACUGCAAAUCUGACCCUGCUCAGAGGAAACGAAAGAUCUUUACAAAUAAAUGCUCCAAGGGGGGCUGUAAGCAGAAGGAAAUGAUCCGGGUGACCUGUGACCAGUGCCACUUAAACUACUGUCUUAAACACAGACAUCCGCUCGACCAUGACUGUAAGACUGAUGGCAAGCCAGUUUCCAAAUCAGGGCAUGCUGCUUUAAUGAGGGCUCAAGCCCCCUCUUCCAGUAAUGUUGCUGCGUCAUCCACUAGAGGGAGUUCUAGGUCUAUGUCAAAUGGAGUGACCGCUAGACCUCAGAGCAUUAGUGCACAACGGACAAAUGCUGCAUUUCCUCCCAUGGUUUCCCCCACGGCACAGAAUGUAAUGCCUACAUCGGUGUCAUUUCAGGCUGGACUGACAGAGGAGCAGGCCCUCCAGAGAGCGUUAGAAAUGUCACUGGCUGAAUCUGCGCGAGCGAGCCAGCCUACUACUCUAAGUCCUCAGGAGCAGGAGGAUCUGGCCUUAGCUCAGGCUCUCGCUGCUAGUGAAGAAGAAUACAGACGACAGCAGCAGAGACAACAGGUAGCCAGAAACCUUAGCAGGACACCAUCUAGGGAGGAGUUUCUAAACAGUCCAGUUGCUGCCUGUCCUAAUGUGAGGUGGCCCUGACCAACUUUAAUCUGCCUCGAUCUGCACACAAGCACCAACAAUGUACCAGCUAGCUGCACAUGCCCAGUGUAUUCCUCAGUCCAGCAUUUGAAGCUUUUAAUUCUCAAAUCAACACAUCAGAGUUACCUUGUUGUUAAUCUUUUUUUUUUUGUCUGUUCUGCAUCACUCUUUAGUGUGCUUCCGGCAAUUCUGCCAUUUUGGCAAGUGGUGCUUUAUGUAAAUAUUUUAUAGAGUUAUCAUGCUUAUCUAUCAAUGUAGAUGUCUUUUCAAAAUAAAUUAUUUUAAAGUG